AUGUCUACCUACAACGAGAACACAAUGAUACCCGACCAAGACGCAGUCAAGUCCCUACGCGAGCUGACAGCAUCAGUCCUGGAUCUCUGUAGUAUCAUCCGCUCAGAACAUAGCAGCUCUCAUCCUGAUAAAUCUCGAGAAGAACUAAAGGCUAAAGAUGCGAUCGUAAACACACUCAACGAGCAAAUCAGCAAGGGUCGGCCGGAAAAGAUCCCGGACUGGGCAAAAGUUGAGCUGAUGCCUGUCGACGAAAUUGAGAUGGAGAACAAGCAAUUUACGCAGAAGUACGAAGGCUUUUGGAAAGAUAUUGAUGAACCCACCCAGUUGGAAAAGGAGGCUGCUGUUCAGGCCUACACGUCGGCUUUUAGCAGAUUUCAAGAGAUAUACCGUCUCAUCGGAUGGCGUGACAGAGACGACGAGGAUUGCAUGCAGGCAGAUAUAUAUCAUCAAUACUUGUGGAGCAGACAAACACGUAAACUGAAGGGUGGUCACCUCGCCUCGUCAUUGUCAUUGGAAACGCUUCUUCAUCUAUGCUACGCACGUCAAAUCCUAGAUCAGCCAGGUGUCAGUGAUGUUGACACUUACCGUAAACAGUUUGAGCUAUUGUAUGAUUGCUUAACGGCUCUAGAUUUUACGAGGAAGUUUCGAGAAAUCAGAGAACCUCUAUGCGAACUUUUCUACUUACGGUACAAAUCCGAGUCGAUCCGCGAGGUAUUUGACCGUGUGAGGAUUUCUGAAGAGGACACCAUCGGAAUCGAAAGGUAUCCAGAGCUACCACUAGAAGAGAAUACUGACUCAACGUUUCAUCCUGAGAUAUUCACAAUUCCCUAUCUACAGAGAUUUGGACGACUAAAUAUAGAAUGGACUGAUUGUUUGGACGAGCAUCUAAAGAUUUAUGCAAAUAGGAACUCUAUCAGAGUCUUUGCUCAUCCCACCUUUUUCUAUAACGGUAUUGAUUUACAUAAAGCCAAGCGCGACUAUCAUAAAUCAACAUACCUAGAACUGUCUCGGACUUACGGUCUUCUGUUUCGACCAACAUCAUCCAGAAACAUCCAGCGUCUAAGACAAUCUAUCACCGCUGGAGAGGACGACCAAAUACUAUGGUACAAUAGUAUGACAUUCAACGGUCGUCCUAUCCAUCGGUUAAAGCCUUAUUUGGAAAAAGAGGUUCCUACUAACCCAACGAAAAUAAUGGACAUCGAUCCCGUUCGAUAUCCAACCAAAGACAUUCUGUCGGAGAGCUUUUACCGCUGUUCGCUUCCACCGAGCAUACAAGUAGCGUUCGAUAUCGCCAACCCAUUUAGAGCAGUCAAGAGAAUCGCUAAGCGAUGGGACCAACAUACAGUAACAUCAACCUCAAUGCAACAAAUCUUCGACCUCGCACCGAAUUAUCCAGAGGAUCUCAGAUUCAUGAUUACUUCCGUAAUGGAAAACAGCUUUGCUGAUACAGAGUCCUUUGUGCGAUUCCCCUAUUUCGAGCCUCGGCUUCGCCGGCUAAAGAUGUAUCUGGAUUCGCGCGAGCCAAGCACAAUGCGUGAGCUAUGGUAUGAUCGCAGGGAUUAUCGGUCAUGGUGUAUGUUUUGGGGAGCUGGUUUCUUUGGUGUUUGUGUUUUGCUAUUGAUAUUUGUGAUUCUGCUUGUGCAGCUAGCCUGUAUCUGA